AUGACCUUUCGGUUGGGUCGUCAGUCUCUUAGACCAGUCGCAGACCCGGACAACGCAAGGAUUUUGGAAAGCUUUGACGACCCUGAUGAAGACGCAUCGGGGGAGUCGUGCGAAUCUUCGUCGCCGCCUUCACCUCCUUAUCUGUCUCCUAGGUCUUUUUAUGAUGGACCAGCAGCAGGAGGCUGCGGAAACGUCAUAGAGAGGACCUCAGUAAUUGGGGUGGCUUCUUCCAGGGAAGGGUGUUCGUCAUACCUUCCCGAUGAGAUCCCUCAUUUCGGGGGUCCCAACGGAAACAUUGACUCCUUCGUUCCACUAAACACAGCCCCAAGAAGGAGAGGGUCGUCUAAAAGAUCCAAAAUGCAUCAGUGUUCUAUUUGCUUGAAAAUAUUCCCGCGCCCCAGCGGUUUGAACACACACAUGAAUUCUCAUUCGGGAGCUAAACCUUACAAGUGUCCGGUACCAUCGUGCGAUAGACACUUUGCAGUGCGAUCUAAUGCCAAGCGCCAUCUCAAGACACACGGCAUUAACCCUUCUUUGAUGGAGGGGCCAUCUCAGGGCACAAACUUUAUGGUUGGGUUUGAGGAGCCUCUCGUAAAUCACCAUGUUCACGAUGCCGGCCGGCCACCAACAAGACUGAGGUGGAUCCCGCACAGCCUCGUCACGAGGACGCAACCCGUUACGGAGUGGAUCGGCUCCCAAUCGUCGGGUGGAGACGAUUCGAAAAGCACAUGCCCUGUGGUCUCAAUGGCGUUGCCGGGGGCGCCCUCAUCGUCAUUGAACCAGGCAUCAGCUUAUCGUUACGACAAUAGCAAUAAUUAUACUGAUGCGGGUUCUCGUCACUUCCACCCCAGUCAGGUCCGUCUUCGCCCCGCUCGGGGGUUAAAUCGCGCUGAUUUCUAG